GAGAGCAUUAUUCACUUCAGGAAGCCCAUUCAGAAGGUGCUGAGCAGAAGAAGGGAAGAAGCCAGGAUGGCAGCAGACAGCAGCAUGGCUCCUGACGAAAAGCCGAGACCUGCUCCUGUGAGAAGGGCUGUCCACAAGAUCCGAAUGGCCAGCCAGGUCUUCAGCUUGGCACGAGGCUGGCAGCAGUGGGCAUCUGACCACCAUGUAAAGCAAGAGCAAGAGCCCUCUGGAUGGGCCCCCACUGCUGAAAGCUCAUCAGCUCAGCCUGUGCAAGAAAGUUCUUUUGAAAAAUGGCAAAUUCCAUCUGUCAAGAGGGACCAAGAAAAAGAUGAUGAAAAAUCCUUAGCAAAGGAAUUGGUGACAAUAAGAGAUGCUGAGAAAAAAUUAAUGGAAUCAGAUGAAGACUUCAAAAUGUUCAGCAUUAAAAGCAAAGAGGUGACCAAAACAGUUGUCAGCAAAGCCUAUGAACGAGGGGGCGACGUCAGCCUCCUCAGUGAAAGAUAUGAGAACAACAACAGCAGCUCUGAGAUGACCAAACUCAAAGAAGAAUCAAAUGCUAUUGACAAAAUUCUUAGUAACAAAUUACCUUCAACCAUAAGGAGGAAGUGCUCAAAUGUGGUAUCAGAGCUGACCAAGGGCUGGGAGAAGAUGGAAGACGAGGACAAAGAUGGGCCCAAGGGAGAGCUGCUGCUGAAGUGUCGCGAUGACAGUCUGGAUGCCCAGGACAGUGGCUAUGGGGAAGAGGACAAGCUUGAGCAGGAAGACAGUGACCGGGAGGUGACAGCUGUGAGGAUCAAACGGCCUGUCCCGUCUCUUGCCAGCCGGCUGAGCGAGGAGGCGCGCAGCAAUGCGCGCAGGAAAUGCAGCGCCGUGCACAGCCUCAAGGACAGGUGGCAGGAAUGGGCCGACCAGCACAUCAUAACGCAGAAGCUGAACCCCUUCAGCGAGGAGUUUGACCACGAGCUGGCCAUGUCCACGCGCCUGCACAAAGGAGAUGAAGGAUACGGCCACCCAAAGGAAGGAACCAAAACUGCCGAGAGAGCCAAGAGAGCUGAGGCCCACAUCCACCGGGAGAUCAGGGACAUGUGCUUCAUCAUUGAAUCAAUGGCCAAGCCACGGCCCGACGGCAAGAUCCAAGUCACUUUUGGGGAACUCUUCGACAGAUACGUUCGUAUUUCAGAUAAGGUUGUUGGGAUUCUGAUGAGAGCCAGGAAACACGGGUUGGUGGACUUUGAAGGAGAAAUGUUAUGGCAAGGAAGAGAUGAUAAUGUCAUAAUUACUUUAUUAAAAUAAGUUACGCUAUAACCAGAACAACUUUUGGAAAACUUUUCUCCUCUUCUCCCUUGCCAUUAGCAUUUGCACAUUUUGAAUAUAAGAUUCCCCUGUUCACCACAUAGAAAAGAGUAUUUUUUGAAAUAUUUUAUAACUAGUGCAUAACCCAAACAUCCAAAUGGACUUAAUUUUACACCAGAAGUACUUUCAAAACAAUUAAGUUAAUUACUACAUAAAAAAUAAGGAGAAAAAGCUAUAUGGAAUAUAAGCAGCUGAUGAUAAAAGCCCAUAGCUACAGGAAUAUGAAACAUGCUGGAUCAGAAGCUGAAUGACAAAAUAAACCCAGACAAAGUUUUUGAUCUGAGAAAUGGUUUUGAGCAUGCACUUUCUAAUUAACUAACUACAAUCUUAUUUUAAUACAGAAUCUUAUUUUAAUAGAGACUCAAGGAUACUAUAUUUGCUUUCUUUACAAAGAUAACAUGUAACUAUUACUGCAGUAUUCUCUUGUAGAUACAACUGUUUACACAGCUUUCUCUUACAUAUCACAUAAAAAUUCUUUUUGUAAAUGGGGUUUUAUAUAUUUAUUGUGUUUAUAUAACUAUUUUUUUUAGAUUGUUUCAUAUUUAAACUUAUGGAGGUUGGAAUGCAAUGAAUAAAAAUAUUUUGAUUAGAUAGCUACCUAAAAAUACCUUCUAUGUAACAUUGUGUAAUUUCUUAUCUGAUUAUCUAUGCUGAUACUGUUCUUAUAAAUACAGGAAAAAAAUAAUAUGUAACAUAUAAAAGCUAGCCAGGUACUUGUUCUUUUGUAUACAGCAAAAAAGUGACUAACAUCAUCAUCUGCCAUUGAAAUGUACCUCUGUGAAAAAAAGAGAGAAACGGCAUUCAUAACUUUGAGGAAAAUGUUGUUCCACAUCACACAGAAAUACUGACCUUAUUUUACAGGAUUUGCCAUUCCAAUGUCACUAAAUAAUGUCCAGGUGAUGCUGAAGAGCACUGAGUGCUAAUGAACUAAUACUUUUAGGACUUAAAAUUAUAUUGUUCAGAAAUAUGAGAUCUCUGUAAGGUCUCUUCUACUUAGUGGAUUAGAGAGAUCCGUUUUUCUACUACUUUAAAAAUAGCUGUCCUGGUAAAAUGUGUGUGCUUCAUAUGAAAAGGAUUUGUUUCAGAGCAGAUGCCUGGGCAAGUAAUGAAAAAGAAGUGGUUUCCCCCCCACCCCCACCUCUUAAUAUUCUUUCAAACUGAAAGAGCAAAUAUCUUCUUACAGAAGUAGAGGUGUAUUAACAUCUUGUCUCUGAUGAAACAAAUAUUGCUGUCUUAUUAUGAGUACAGACACUCCAGUCUGAAGCUUCAAUGUACAAAUAAACCAAGUAUUUUAUAACUUGAUACAGGAACUGACUACUACAUCUACUCUAAAUCUAUGUAAAUCAUUAAUAUUUUAGGCAUAGUUAUGUGACUCUACGGAAGUAAAAAUUGUAAGGUGGAAUCAGUGGAACUUAUUUAAUAUUUUCUUGAGAUCUCUUACACUACUCAACCUACAAAAUGCAUGUCUUAGUGUAAUACUUAUAUGUCAUAAUUUUUACCUGCAUAUUCUUAACUUAUUCUUUAUAUCUUAUAUAAUGACCUUUUACAGCUAUCUAAAUUGUCUUGACAAAAUUUUGUUGUCAAAAGAAUACAUGAACUAUAAAUAAAACCCUUAAUUAUU